CCUCGGAGGAGCGCCCCGGGGAGCCCGGAGCGCGUGCACGCGUGGCAGACGGAGGAGGCCAGUGCCCAGCUUGAGCACACCAGGCCCUAAAGGUUCUGAGUUGCUUUUUGCAGUAGCCCAAAUGAGAAAAAAGUGGAAAAUGGGAAAUAUGAAAAACAUCUUUUCCUUGUUGUUGUUCUUUCUUUUCCUAGAAGGAAGCAAAACAGAGCAAGUAAAACAUUCAGAGACAUAUUGUGUGUUUCAAGACAAGAAGUACAGAGUGGGAGAGAGAUGGCAUCCUUACCUGGAACCUUAUGGAUUGGUUUACUGUGUGAACUGCAUCUGCUCAGAGAAUGGGAAUGUGCUUUGCAGCCGAGUCAGAUGUCCAAACCUUCAUUGUCUCUCUCCUGUGCACAUUCCUCAUUUGUGCUGCCCUCGCUGCCCAGAAGACUCCUUACCCCCAACAAACAAUAAGGUGACCAGCAAGUCGUGUGAGUACAAUGGAACCACUUACCAACAUGGAGAGCUAUUCAUGGCUGAAGGACUCUUUCAGAACCGGCAACCCAAUCAAUGCACCCAGUGCAGCUGUUCGGAGGGGAAUGUGUACUGUGGUCUCAAGACUUGCCCCAAAUUAACCUGUGCAUUCCCAGUCUCUGUUCCGGAUUCCUGCUGCCAGGUGUGCAGAGGGGAUGGAGAGUUGUCGUGGGAACAUUCUGAUGGUGAUAUCUUCCGGCAGCCUGCCAACAGAGAAGCAAGACAUUCUUACCACCGCUCUCACUAUGAUCCUCCACCAAGCCGACAGGCUGGAGGUCUGCCCCGUUUUCCUGGGGCCAGAAGUCACCGGGGAGCUCUUAUGGAUUCCCAGCAAGCAUCAGGGACAAUUGUGCAGAUUGUCAUCAAUAAUAAACACAAACAUGGACAAGUGUGUGUUUCCAAUGGAAAGACCUAUUCACAUGGAGAGUCCUGGCACCCCAACCUCCGAGCAUUUGGCAUUGUGGAGUGUGUGCUAUGCACGUGUAAUGUCACCAAGCAAGAGUGCAAGAAAAUCCACUGCCCCAAUCGAUACCCCUGCAAGUAUCCUCAAAAAAUAGAUGGAAAGUGCUGCAAGGUGUGUCCAGGUAAAAAGGCAAAAGAAGAACUUCCAGGCCAAAGUUUUGACAGCAAAGGCUAUUUUUGUGGAGAAGAAACAAUGCCUGUGUAUGAGUCUGUGUUCAUGGAAGAUGGGGAGACUACCAGAAAAAUAGCACUGGAGACCGAGAGACCACCUCAGGUAGAGGUCCACGUUUGGACCAUUCGAAAGGGCAUCCUGCAACACUUCCAUAUUGAGAAGAUCUCCAAGAGGAUGUUUGAAGAGCUCCAUCACUUCAAGCUGGUGACCAGGACAACCCUGAGCCAGUGGAAGAUAUUCACCGAAGGAGAAGCUCAGAUCAGCCAGAUGUGUUCAAGUCGUGUGUGCAGAACAGAGCUUGAAGAUUUGGUCAAAGUUUUGUACCUGGAGAGGUCUGAAAAGGGCCACUGUUAGGCAAGACAAAGAGUACUGGAUAGGGUAAGGCAAGAAAACUCAAGCUGCAGCUGGACUGCAGUCUUAUUUCGCUUAAGUCAACAGUGCCCUAAAACCUCAAAAUCGAAUGCAGUCAAUUAUUCAUGCCAUGCACAGCAUAACUUGCUCCUUUAUGUGGAGUGGUGUCUCAGCCCCUCAACAUCUGCUCCAAAGAGACUAGGAGAGUCUUGAAUUAUUUGUGGGAGGAGGAGGGAAAGGACACCAUGACACUGCUCUAGUUUCUUGGAGAAUCACAUUUCUUUACAGGUUAAAGAGCAAACAAAACCCCUGGGUUUCUAUCUACAAAGUUAUUCAAAUGAAAGAAAGAGAAGGAAAUUGCUUAGUAGGAGUUCUGGAGUACGGAGCAAUUAUUUGAAUGAAAUUAUACCCUGAAUUUUAGAAUGUCUUGUGUUCUUUAAAGUAUUAACUCCUCAUUCUCACACUAUGCACGCACAGAUAUGUGCACACACACCCCCACAUGCACAUUAAACUACAGCCUUCAUCCUAAGGCAAAGCCAGCCUAGACUCUACCCUAUUUUCCCUUGCCUGGCUCCCAAAGAUCUUGGAGGUUGUUGGCACCCAGGAUAAUAAACGAUUGUGAGUGGAAGGCUCUGCCCGUAGGUCUCUAAGAGUGUCACCAACUAUAGUGGCAGGGUGAAGAACAACACUAUUUCAUGGCCUCAUUCACUUUGAAGUGGUUAAAUAACAUUUCCCUAAUGAUACCACUUCUCUUUCCUCCCUGAACCUAUGGGGGCCUAUAUAAAGAAGUUAGAAUUGGGUAAAAUUCUCAGAAACUGAAUCCAUAGAAGAUAAAAUAAUUGUUGAAGAAAGUGGUUGAUAGAGGUCAAAAGGGCCAUCUUUUUGUUUUCAGGUCAGUAAAACUCACCAAUCAAUAGAUCAAGACUCAUUAAUUUUAUUGAGGCCAUAGUCAUCUAGCCAGAAAAUUUAGGCUAAAUUAUUAAAUCCUAGAAACUCCUUAAAAGGGCAGUUUUCCUUAUUCAAUUACAGGAGUUGAUUUUUCUUUUGCAAAGUGACUCAGUCCUCAUGAGCUUCUGAAUGUUGAGUUAUUGCUCAUUUAGGGAGCUGGGAAUUCUGAUAAAGAUCUUUACCCACACCUUCCAGCAUCCUUCCCUUAUCCACCAAGCAUGGAUUUGAAUAGGGGAUCCUAGUCAAGGCUGCUCCUAAAAUGUCUAUUUGCAGCCCAAUACCAGAGCAUAAAUUAUCCAUUUUGUGGUCUGGCUUUAGAAAUCAUCUUUGUGGGAAAACUAUAAAUUCUUCACAGCAGGGAUCUCAAGCUUUCCUUCUAGAUUUGUUCCCUCUGAAGUACAUGAAUGAACUCUAAUGAGUACUUAGAAGUAUUAAGGACCCAGAAAUCCAUAUUCCCUUGCUGUCACCAUAGGUUAGAGAAUAUUUUUUUUUCCUUAGAGUAUUUGAUGUCCAUAGGGAACAAUGUCGAAGACCUAGUCUUUAUGGCAGCCUGGCAUAGAGGAGUCAGUUCUCAUACAAGAGACACAACGGCCCUGUGGCCAGCACUUCAUGGGACAGCCUAUCACACACAUUCUCCUCAGGAGAAGGAGGUAGGACAUCCUGGGCUGAAAGGCCACAGAACACUAUUGUGUGUUUGUGGCAGUGGGGGUUGGGGUGGAGGGUUGUUGAGCAGCUGCCACCUCCCUCCCAGAGGUGGCAGUGUUUCCUUAGUGUGGAGACCAGUAACUGGAUCCUGAAGCAAAGCAGUGAUUGCCCUUCUCGGCGAUUCACCCCAAAGCCUUCCCACCCAGGUGUGCUCUGAAAGCUCAGCCUUAGGAGAACACCCAGAGAGCUUCCCUAGAUUGACUCCUGCCUCCAGGUGCUGGAACACACCUUUCCAAAGUGCUUUGAGAAGCAGGAGCUGGGAAGCUGUGUUAAGUCACCAUAGAAACCUUCCAGUGUUUGACAUUGUGUAGGCAGUAGGACAUAAGGAAAAGAGGCCAGGCUGCCUAUAGUUAGUAGAGAAGAAUGGAUGUGGCUCUUCUUAUGUAUUUAUUUGUAUCAUAAACACUUGGAACAACAAAGACCAUAAGCAGCACUUAGCAGUCGUAUCCAUUUUCUAGUUAACUCAUGUAAACAAGUAAGAGUAAUAUAACAGUAUUACCCUUUCACUCUUCUCACAAGACAUGUACCAAAAUAUGGUACUUAUUUAUGUAGUCACUGUA